GUCUUUUAAAAAAAAAAGAAGAAGAAGAAUAUAAUUCUUGGUGGAGGACCUCAGCAGUCUUUCUGGAGGCCUGACAGCAUACUAAUUAUAUUCUUCCUGGCUCACCCUUCAAGUAGAACACUUUAAACUUGUGACUUUUGAUUCCCAGUGGUGUCAGGUAGAAAGAGAGUGUGUCUGAGGCCAAGCUCCACCCUCCCUAGCUGUGUGACUGUGGAUGAGUCGUUCCACUGCUCUGAGCCUCAGCUAGGCAAUGUGAGGGCGGUCAGGGACUGGGAGGUUCCGUGAGAAGCGGUAGCUGAAGGCGCCUGAGUUGGAGCCGGUACCCGUUAGUGGCCCAGCAUGCGUUAACUCCCUCCCAUUGAGGACUCCAUGCACCUGCCUCUUAUUCUAGCUCACCUCCAAACCAGGCCCACCCUUCAGAGCUUGGAGAGAGAGAAAAACGAAGUUCCGUAUAAAUAUGUCAGACGCUAUUUUUAAUACCCACAGUAUCUAGUAAUGGGUCUGAUAUUUACUUGUCGCCACGAGAAAGCUGCAUGCUUGACUCUUCUGAAGUGUCUUCAAGGAGAUCAAAGGAGGCGUCGCACAGGGACAGUAAGGCUCAGUCCCAUUUUAAACAUGUCUUCUUCCUUCCCAGCACGAUCAAGAUGACCACAGCCACCGCUCUGGGGGACACCACCUUCUUCUCGUUGAACAUGACCACCAGGGGAGAAGACUUCCUCUAUAAGAGUUCUGGAGCCAUCGUUGCUGCUGUGGUGGUGGUUGUCAUCGUCAUCUUUGCUGUGGUUCUGAUCCUGCUUAAAACAUGGAACAGGAAAAUGAAGCUGCGGCGGGAGCUGGAGCCCAAGCUCCCCAAGCCAGCUGCCCCUCCUGCCCUUGACCCAAGCAGCAACAGCAGCCAACACCCACCAGCUGUGACCUUCAGCCCUGUUGACGUCCACGUGGAGACUCGGUGACCUGCACCCUGGCACCAUCUCUGCCGCUGUCCAGAGACCCGUCUCCAGAGCAAGACCCAGAAGCACACUUCUCUGGCAGCCUUACUAAGAGUGCCCGUGGUCAGGUUGACAGAGGCCGCGUCUAUGCAAGCCCUGAUGCUUCAGGCAACCUUCAGCCUCAUGCUGCCCGCUUCGCCCAGCCCCACCUGCAUCCAUGUCCCUGCUGCCACCCUACCAAAGAGCUGUGGGACACCCUGUGUCAUCUGACCAGGUAGAGCUAUGCUGGGAACCCACUGGUGUGGGCUUGGCUCUCUCCCUGCAACAUGACAGACAGAGACAGACAUGCAGCCCAGGAGCUUUCUGGUCAGGAGUCAGGGGUCAGGGCGUGCUCCUCCGAGUGUCACAAUAGGGCCUGCCAUGGGGAUCAUGUUGCAAUUGGUACCAUAGACACAGCUUUGUAGAGUAAUAUAGUCAAUCCCGCGCUCAGGCAUGGGGGAGCGAACUAACCCAAAACCAACUUGCUAAUUCGCAGCUUGUUCCAGGGCUGGGUGACUGCUAGCUAGCUCCUAAAAAUUGGUCUCACAUUAUUUCCUCUUUCAGAAGGUUAUGAGAACAACUGAAUUCUUUUCAGAAGGUUUCUGCUUCAUUAGUUAAGAAUCUGUAGCAGGACUGGGGUGGCCUUGAAGAAUAGCCGUCUCCAGGCUGAGUUUGGGGCACGGUCUACGGGCCUGGACGAUGCCGGUGACUGCUCAGGGCUCCUCCCCACGCAGACUGGCUGAAACUCCCCCUUGUUUGGCUUCUAAGCAACCCUGACUGUCCUGGGAACCUUACCUCCGAGGACCAGUAUUUGAAGAUUGGUUAGAUUGCAGCUCUGUGUCCCUGCGUCCCUCCUGGUCAGCUUGCUGAGAUUCAAGAUGUACUCAAAGUGCCACACUCAUGAGCCAUUUCUCUGUAGGGAGCUGAUCUCUGACUCCACAGCGUGGAGAACAGUCUACCCGGAAGGGACAGCAUUUGGGAGUUGGGACGACCUGCCUUCCGAGCCCUAGUUCUUGGUUGCAUGGCUUGGAAAAGUGACUCACCCUCUCCAAGUUCGGUUUUCAAACCCCAAAGUGGAAAUGCUAACAUCCACUUCGGGGAGUUAUUAACGGUCGGGGAGUCAGUAACGCACUGUGCGGACAGUGUCUGCGGUGGAGCGGAUGCUUCAUGAGUGGGAGCCAGUAUUCCUACUAGGACAUCUCAAUUGCAAUUGAGGUCACAAAUACCCAGUUUUAGGGGA